AGUGAAAGUAAAAAAUGGAGUGAAACCCCAACCGAAGCCAAGUGCUGUGAAGAAACACUAUGGAAUCAUGGAAGGCCAGAAGGGUGGUCGUCGUCGUCGGCGUGGUGGACACUCAGUCAGCAAGUCAACGCAGAAAAUGUCUAACAAAGCGACAACGGCGACGGCGAAAAACUGAGCCCCUGAUCUUCAAUUUCUUUAUCUUCGCGCUCGAACAACAUCUUCCGUUGAUAAAGAAAGCCAGCAUCUUCCGCAUUCAACAGUUCCUUCCAAGAUCCUCGAAUUCCAGUCUACCAUGAGUUUCAAGACCCUUCAUUUUCCUCCCAUCCAAACCAUAGUCUCCACUGCCGCCUCCAUCGCCGCUUCCGCCAUGAUCAUUCGUUCACUUGCUCGAGAGUAUCUACCUGGUGACCUUCAGUACUAUAUCAACUCCAAAUUGCGAAAACUAUUUGCCACACUCUCCUCUGAAUUCGUACUUAUCGUCGACGAAUUCGAGGGUCUUGGCAAUAACUAUCUCUUUCAGGCCUUGGAGGUCUAUCUCAGGCCCCAAAUCCAUCCCAACACGAGAAGUUUUAGGGUUACCAUGCCCAAGAAGGAGAACAAGAUUUCCGUUGUAAUGGAGAGGAACCAUGAAAUCAUCGAGAAGUUCAACGGGGUUGAGCUCAGAUGGAAAUUGGUUUCCAAAAAAAUCCCAUCCAAGUACAUUCAAGCCCCGGGAUCGGAGUAUUACCCCUCGACUGUAAAAUCAGAGGUUCAGUACUAUGAACUGCGUUUCAAUAUGAAGUACAAGGACACGGUUUUAUCUGAGUACUUGCCAUAUGUUAUGGAGCAAGCCAAGGAGCUGAAGGAAGAGCAAAAAACACUGAAGCUUUUCACUCUGAAGAGGGAAAGGGUUCGCUAUAGUGGAAGGCGUCCGGAAAUGUGGCAAUCAGUGAAUCUUGAUCAUCCCGCAACGUUUAAUACGUUGGCUAUGGAUUUGGAGGCGAAGCAGGGGAUCAUGGAGGAUCUCGACAGGUUCGUGCAGAGGAAAGAUUUCUACAGGAAAGUUGGGAAGGCAUGGAAAAGGGGGUAUUUGCUAUUUGGUCCUCCAGGAACAGGGAAAUCCAGUUUGAUUGGUGCAAUGGCCAAUUAUCUCAAUUUUGAUAUAUAUGACUUGGAGCUCACUGAUAUUAGGCGUAAUUCUGAGCUGAGGAAGUUGCUGAUUUCCACUGGGAAUCGGUCCAUACUUGUAGUGGAAGACAUUGAUUGCUCCCUUGAUCUGCAAGAUAGGCUUAAAAAAGCCAAAAUGUCCAAAGCUCCACUUCACCCAUUUGACUAUAAGGAACCAAAGGUGACGUUAUCAGCAGUGCUGAACUUCAUAGACGGGUUGUGGUCAAGUUGUGGGGACGAGAGGAUCAUAGUGCUCACAACAAAUCACAAAGACAGACUAGACCCUGCUCUGUUGAGACCUGGACGCAUGGAUGUGCACAUCCACAUGUCAUAUUGCACCCCAAGUGGAUUCAGAAUGCUGGCUUCUAAUUACCUUGGGAUCAUAGAACACCCUCUUUUUGUUCAAGUUGAGAGUCUGAUGAAGACCACCAAUGUCACUCCUGCAGAGGUGGGCGAGCAGUUGCUCAAGAACGAGGACCCUGAUCUUGCCUUGACAUGCCUCGUGGAUCUUCUCACACACAAGGCUGGGCAUAGCCUCGUGGAUCUUGCUUAACAAGAUGAACAUGUUGUGUAGUUUUUGAAUGCUAGUCUUACCUGGUAUAUAUGCGAUAUUUUACGUUUUGAGAUAUAAGUUCAAAAUGUAUAGUAUCAGAUUUCACAAUUGAAGGGCCAAAGCAGGGUAUCUGAAGGUGUGAAUACCAAGCUUUUGGUGAUUGAACGAGUUUAUGAAUAA